ACUGGCGAGUUUGGCGAGCGGACGCAAGUUCAGUCGGAUCGUAGGUUCAGCCACUUAAGGGCUUUAGUGACUCAGAUGCGAAUGGCUGCGAAAAGUCAUUGCGUUGGAAGUCGGGUUUUGAAGUAAAAGACAUCUUUUAUUAAGGUAAUCAAAUAGCUGGACAGCCGCAUGCCUUUAGAUUUUUCAUUUGACACUUUUAGCAAUGGAAGUAGGCCUUCUUUUGGGGUUGCUUCUUUCAGCUGCAUCAGCCAGGAGACCAGAAUACAGAACGGCGUAUGCCUGCGAAGGCGGCCAGCUUCAUAUAAGUUGCGAAGAAGGCUAUCUCAUUCAUCUCAUCCGUGCCAAUUAUGGACGUUUCAGCAUCAGUAUCUGCAACGAACACGGUAGCUUGGACUGGAGUGUCGAUUGCUCAUCUCAUCGCUCUUACUAUGUUAUUUAUGAACGGUGUAACUUAAUGUCCAGCUGCGUCGUAAGUGCAACCAGUGAAACAUUUGCUGACCCUUGUCCAGGUACAUUUAAAUAUCUGGAAGUACAAUACCAGUGCAUUUUAGAAAGUAUGACAACUUCCAGUUCAUCUAGUUCUGAAGUCAUUAGCACUGCAAGUACUACGACGAGGCCGCCAAUUAUUAUUCCUCUGACACGGUCGAGCAGACCAACAAUUUUCACUACUCCAGUAACUACAACUUUUACCCCCAAACUGUCAACCAUUUCAUACACCACGGCAAGCACCCUGUCCACUACAAAAUAUAUACCUCCCAGAUCUACAACAGCAAUGACAUUGUUCAAUAAAGAAGAGCACUGCUACCCGACUCAUUCAAGAAAUCUUUCUUGGGACUGGACAAAAGCUGGAACAGAAGUUGUGCAAAAGUGUCCUGGUGGUACAUUUGGUGAAGCUCGAUGGCGAUGUGGAACAAAUCCUGUCCAGUGGGUACCUGAAAGUCCAGAUCUGAGUGAAUGCAGUUCUUUAUGGGUGGAUAAUUUAAGAAACAGAGUUGAUGGCGGAGAUUCUGUCGUAAAUAUUGCUACUGAAUUAUCGGUAAUGACUCACAGGAAACCAUUAUACGGAGGAGAUGUGAGGCAUGCCACUGAAAUCUUGCAUCGACUUGUAGCCAAGAUGGCAGAUAAGAUGAAAGAAAUAGCAGAUGAUAAACAACGACAUCAGCUACUUCAAGAAUUAUUAGAGUGCGCAACGGAUGUCACAAGCAAUUUGCUUGAAGUUUCUCCAUCUUGGGGAGAACUAGCAGCUAGUGAAAGAAGACAUAUUGCAUCGACACUUCUUGAAGCUUUGGAGCGAAGUGGCUGGCUACUUGCUUCGGCCCAUAGGUCGACGUUCUAUUUCCGCAAAGCUUUACACAAUCUUCUUCUAUCAGUUCGGGUUUUAGAAGCCUGGGCAGUAUCCCACAUAACAUUUCCAUCUGCAGAAGAAGUUGAAGGGACUUCAUGGGAGCAAAUUGAAGACUGUGUCCAUCUCCCAAUGCAAGCACUGCUGGGUACUGCUUCAAACGGAGUAGUCAAAAUGGUUUUUGCAUCAUACAAACAAGUCAAGGAUUUUCUUGGAACUGUGGCCUCAAGUCGGCGUGGAAUUCUGCAUAAUUCAUCGCGAAUUAUUAAUUCCCGAGUUAUUUCAGCUUCAACUGGUAGAUAUCCUGGAAUGAAAUUCACGGAACCUGUUACUGUUACGUUUAAGCUGAUACAGGAAGAAAAUGUGACAAAUCCUCAGUGUGUCUACUGGGACUUAGAUACAAGAUUAUGGUCCCAAGAAGGCUGUCGACUUAGGAAAGCAAACAAGACCCAUGCUGUGUGUGAAUGUGACCAUCUCACAAAUUUUGCCCUUUUGAUGGAAUUAAAACCUGAUGAAGUUUCUACAGAAAACAGUCUUUUUUCAAAAGUGUUUAUUCUUACAAGCUGUGUUUUGGCUAUUAUAUUUUUUCUUGCGACGCUGCUUUUACUUCUGGCUUUCAGGGGUUUUCCAACAGAUUAUUCAACAAUUCAUAAGCACCUAUGUUCUUGCUUAAUCCUUGCUGAAAUUGUGUUCCUCUGUGGAGCUGAUCAAGUGGAUACAGCAUGUGCUAUUCUAGCAGGAGCACUGCAUUUUCUUCUCCAAGCUGUGUUUGUGUGGCUCUUUUUAUCAGCAUUUCAGUUAUAUCUCUUGCUAACAGAGCCAACUCACAGUAAUCGCAUAUGUUGCUACUCACUUGUUGCGUAUGGCAUGCCAGCUCUUAUAGUAGGUGUGUCUGCCGUAGUUGAUCCCAAAAGUUAUGGGACACCUAACUAUUGUUUCAUAAGAUUUGAUAACUACUAUAUCUUCAGUUUCGUAGGACCAGCUAUUUCAUGUAUAUUGGGUGCUCUAAUGUUUCUGAUGUUAACUAUUUGUAAAACACAUUCGUCCUCUGUUGCAAAGGAUAAAGAACUAGCAAAAAUAAAUACUAUCAGAAUUCAGAAUCGAGAAACCUGGUUCAUAGUUUUGAGCAGUGGAAGUAGUUGGGCUUUUCUCCUUUGGUAUAUGAAACAAAGAAUAGCAGUUCUAUCAUACUUAUUUGCCACUCUGAAUUGCUUACAAGGGCUAGCUGUUUUUAUAUUUUUUGGUCUAAACAAUAGCGAGGUGCAACAAGCCUAUCGUAAGUGGAAAAUGAGAUCCUGUGCUAAAUCAAAAAAUACAAGAAAUCAGUUUCCAUUGCAAACUACAUGUAGUCCACACAGUAUUGAAGCUCCAUAUCUGCAACCGUCUACCACAGUUUCAUCACUGUCUACAGUGACCACACCAGAACUGGAGUUUCAGUUGGAUACUUUUCAUCACUCUGAACUUUGCCAUACUACCAGGUCACCCAUUUAUGACAACAGAGAACAACUAGUGUCUUGAUCCAAAUCUCAUUCCGCCUACAUCGCUAGUCCAAUUCAUCUUCGAAGUGAUUUUGUAAAUAUUGUGAUUCAUUUUCAUAUCGUAAUUCCAUGUCUACACAAUUUUUUCUGUGAUAAUUGCUAAAUAAACAAAAUUUUAUGUAUA